AAGUUUCAAAUCCCAUGGCAGAAGUUCCCAGAUACGUUGAUGGAUGCACUGAAGGAGAAGAAGAGACCACCACCAAAACAUAGAAGGCACAUGAUCCGGAUCAUCAUGGAAGACAUGAUGGCUACUGACACCAGACCAGGCAGAAGCAAGUUGAAGCAGGUUGCACAGCAGCUGGUUGAGAGAUACCCUGAUUCCUUCUUGGACAAAUGUGGCAUAAAUGUUGUGGGUCAGGGUUUUGCAUCCCUUGUAAUGCAAAUGGAGAACAGGGUUGAGAAUGUCAGAAGACAGUAUGCUUUUAGCACAUCCCAUGAAGGGAGGCCAAAGAAAAAAUGCAGAUCUUCUGACCGUUAUGGUUGUACUCAGUGGCAACCCGAGUCACUGAAUGACUUUAACAGCCAAGAGGAUAAAAAGAAAAUGCUUCAAGAUGCCUUUAAAGAAAACCUUCUCCCUCAGAGUGACAUUCAAAGACUGAUGUCUGAAACAUACUGUGCCCAGCGCAUCACUUUGAAUAGUGAGGAAAAUGUAAUCAAAGUCAUGGAAGAAUGGCCUUACCUCUUCAUCACCACCCAUCUGCUCGACCACACAGAGAAACUAAUGGGAUUUCCUGUCCAAACCAAAUUGCUGGACCAAAUUCAGGAGAAGGGCAAGAUCAUCACAGAGUUUCUUGGUAGCCAGGGAAUCACAGGAGUAACUACAGACCCAUUGAAACUCCUCCAGGGUCUAGUGAAGUACCUCGCAGAGGAACAAAAGGUGCUUUUAAUAAAUGAAGAAGAUGCCUUAGCAGAACUGCCAAGCACCCCAUGUAUCAUAGUUAUGGAUGAAGGAAGAUACAAGAUUUCAGUGGAUGAAGUCACCGUUAACAUCGUUGGCUGUCCACUAGUUGCUGUGAGCUAUAUGUUCAGCCUAUAUUAUGUGCUGAAUAUAAAGUAUCCAAAGGGGCAGCGCCCUGACUCUGGAGUUCAUCCAGAGGUAAAGUUUUAG